UGUGUAUCCUCCGCUUGUGCUAUAAUAACCUAGCUCUCCUAUUCUCAAUGCACAGCAAGGAGGAGGGUGACAGAAGACUGCCCAAAACACAGCAGCCUAACCUGAUUAGCACAGAGCGGGCUCCACUAGGAGGGAGAGGGGGCGAGCGUGACCAGAAUAAGCUGUUUUGGUAGCAUUGUUAUAAAUACAGGGAUUGCCCGUGGAAUCACUGUCUGCCCACCGCCUCCAUCUUCCCAUCCAAUCUGUCUCCAUCCAUCAGGGCUUGGAUGGUAAACUCGCCUUGCUUGCUGGAGGGAGCGCCUGUAGAUAGGACUGCCUUGUGAGAGAUGGGCUUGAUGAUACUGCCUUCUCUUUCAGUCAUCCCCCACUGAUCUCCAUUACACGCUAUCCUGGGCCCUCUCUUGCUCUCUAAGACAUUACAAUGCCAUCCCAAAGGAGGGACUCUGCGAAGGAAAUGAGUCCAACUCUGACUCCAGAGGUGAAUGUUGUCACAAGCUUCAGUUUUGACAGUUAUCAGCUGGAGGAAGACGAGCUGCAGGCAAGAAUAAACCAACAAGCAGAUGGCGUGCUGACAUUUAUGGAGCCAGGUAAAGAUGCAGGCUGUUCGAGUCCAGAGCCUCAAGAUAGAUAUCAUGGGAUAUAUUUUGCAAUGCUGCUCGCAGGGGUUGGAUUUCUCCUUCCUUAUAACAGUUUCAUCACAGAUGUGGACUAUCUGCAUCACAAAUAUCCAGGUACAUCUAUUGUAUUUGAUAUGAGUCUGACAUAUAUCCUUGUAGCUCUGGCAGCUGUUAUCCUGAAUAAUGCCUUAGUGGAGUUACUGUCGCUUCAUAUGCGGAUCACUGUGGGUUACCUGUUCGCUCUAGGGCCAUUGCUGUUCAUUGGUAUCUGUGAUGUUUGGCUUGAACUCUUCACUUUAAGACAAUCAUAUGCCAUUAAUCUUAUUGCAAUUGGAGUGGUGGCUUUUGGCUGCACAGUGCAGCAAUCCAGUUUCUAUGGCUACACAGGCAUGUUACCCAAACGAUACACUCAGGGGGUGAUGACUGGAGAAAGCACUGCGGGAGUUGUGAUCUCGCUGAGCCGCAUUUUCACCAAGCUGCUGCUUCCUGUCGAGAAGGAAAGUACUUUAAUUUUUUUCAUAAUAUCUAUCUCACUGGAGCUCAUGUGCUUUGUACUGCACCUUCUGGUAAAACAAACAGAUUUUGUAAAAUAUCAUACAACACUGACUAAGGAGAAAGUCACAUGGACGAAGGAACCAUACGACAAAAGCUUCAGAUACAGAGUACAUCUCAAUUCCAUGGCUGAAGAAGCAAAAACCGAGAAUGAAGAAAAUGACCAUUCAAAUGGUUUAGAAUUACAACCAGAGUCAGAUGCUGGUGGUACAUAUAUGAGGUUUGAUGUUCCUACACCCAAAGUGAAGAAUAGCUGGCCAAGCUUCAAAGAUAUGAUGUUCCAUCGUUAUUUAGUUCUACGAAUGAUCUGGGCACACAUGCUGUCUAUUGCUGUUACCUACUUCAUCACUCUCUGCCUGUUUCCUGGGCUGGAGUCAGAAAUACGAAACUGUACACUGGGAGAGUGGCUUCCUAUACUCAUCAUGGCCAUAUUUAACCUUUCUGACUUUGUGGGGAAGAUACUGGCAGCAUUGCCAGUCGACUGGAGUGGCACUAAUCUCUUCAUCUGUUCAAGUAUACGGGUGGUAUUUAUUCCACUUUUUAUAAUGUGUGUGUACCCAAGUGGAAGGCCCACCUUCAGCCACCCUGCUUGGCCCUGCAUUUUCUCCCUUCUUAUGGGCAUCAGCAACGGCUACUUUGGGAGUGUUCCCAUGAUCCUCGCUGUUAGACAAGUGGUUCCAGAACAACGAGAACUUGCAGGAAACACAAUGACCGUCUCCUAUAUGACUGGGCUAACACUUGGCUCUGCCGUCGCAUACUCUGCUUACAACCUAGCUAGCACAUCUCACAUUGUUUGCUUCCACACAGAGACUUACAACAGCUCACUACCCCCAGAAUUUUAGUCUCAAUUCAGUUUCUCUUCACCCGAUAAAAAAGUGUGAUAGCCUGUCAUUUAAAUGAUAAAUACAGGCACACAAUACACAUCAACAUCAGGCUUCCCAGCUUUUAGUAGGGAACCAACCAGCUUCAUUAUUGUUGGUGGGUCAGAGCUUGACUAGCCAAUGAAACCUCCUCUCUGAUGAGCAAAUUAGUAUUUUCUUGUCUACAGUAUACGUCAGACAUCCGUAACCGGAAAUGUAUGUCACUAAAACAAACACAGUUAAAGAGACAAUGAUAAAUAAACCCAAGAUGAGAACCGCAGAGACUUUAUGGCUGACGCCGAAAAGCCAAAUGAUCAGUGAAAUCAUGAGGAAAAACGUACAAUAUUUCCAACAUUUAUGUCUUAAUGGUGUAUUCAGUAAAAGCAUAAAGGGUAUUAUUCAGAAGAGAGAACUCUAACGUUCCCUUUCGCAUGUGGGAUAACUGGUAUAGCCAGUUGUUUUUACCAACAUAUAAAUAAAAAAAAAAAAAAAAAUAGAACAUAGGACGCAGCACAUGACUAUCUAAAUAGAUCGGUGUCCAUCCAGUCUACAUAGGUCAUACAUGUUACUGCAUUAGAUUAUUAAAUGAUACCAUCUGUAUGACAGCCUAGGUUUUUCAGUAGCAUGUAAUUCCCACAUUAAAUUACCGUUUACAGCUUUGCCUUAAGAUGGAAGCAAAGAACAGCCAGGCCCUCUGCUGCAACUUCAUCUGUUGUGGUUACUAUUAAGCAUUAAGCUGAUUUCUUGACAUUUUCCUUUUUUUUUUUUUGCAAUUUGUAUCAUCAGGGCGGUGUGGCAUUUCUAUUAUAAUCUAAAUUUCUUGUGUUCACUCACUGCAAAAAGACUAAAUAUGGUCAUGUAGUUUUCAUGGGACUGUCUCUUGCUAUUGGUAUAAACCAAUAUUUCUAUGCUGACAUGCAUACUUUGAACUAUGAACUAUGAAAGAACCUAACUCCUUACUUCACGGUUUACAUGAUCCAAUAUUUUUGGGCAAAUGCUUUUUUUUCUGUGUAGCUGGUUCCUUAAAUUUGGAUAUCCCAAACAGAACUUCUUGUGUUCUUCUCAGUGCUGCCUCAAUGAGGGCCCUAUUAUCCUCACAGCCUUCUAUGAUUCUCUUAAGUGCUUCCUACUGCAGAAUGUGUCGUGUUGUGUUAGAAUUUCGGACAUGUCCUCGUUCCUCACUGUCUGAUUGGAUAGUCAUACUUUAUGCCAUCAGUCUGUGGCCAUCUUGCUGCUGGGAACUACUUUGCUGCUGGGGUAUUCCUGGGGUAUUUCCCACAGUUUCAUCCUUUGCUGUUCAUAAACAACACACAUUUAUCGCUGGCACUCUAUAUCACGCUGUCUCCUGCCGCCAUGGUAAUGCUUUCCCAAAUGGACAUUUAACAGUGAAACAGGAACCAGGUAAAACCGAUACUGUGUGUCAUAACAAAUAAUUGAAUGCGUGUUCUUGACAUAUGGGUAACAUGUAAUGCUUGCUUACAUUCUAAUUUGUCUUUGCAUUUUUUCCCGGUCUUAGUUCAUGUACCAAAGCCCAGCAGGCAAUUCAAAUGCAUAGACCUUCUUCCCUUCUUUUCUGUAUUGUUUAAUGGUGAAUAUGUAAACUUAGUAUGUCCACUUUGCUUGUACUUCUUUCUAUUUUGUGAUAAUUGUCAUUAUUAUUUAUGUAGCAUUUGGGGAAAAAAUACUUUCAUACAAAUUCUCGACAAGACACUAUAUAUUUGCUUUCUUUAUACUUGAUAAACAGAGAACCUUCCGACAGCCUAUCUAACAUGCUGUUAUUACUGGACACUACAGUAUAUAUAUGAAAAUAUAAGCAGAACACUCAAUAUCUGCUGUUUCUGACUUUCACACUGUGCAUACUUAUAUCUUCUGAUCAGUGAGUUGCAGAAUUUGUGCAUUGUCGGUACAUGCACAACUCUAUGAUAAUAACUUUAAAAUAUGAAUUGCAAAGAUAGUACCUUAUCUUUGGGCUCAUGAACAUAUUUGGAAUAUCACUAAAGUAGCAGCACUCAUAGGAUGAAAAUCAGCCUCAUUCUGGCAAUUUUUAUACUGGGUAUUCGGUAAUUAAGCAAUAGUUUGCCAUGGAUGUUUAAAAAUUUACGCUUGCACUACAGAGCUAGUAUAAUCUUCAAUGUGAGAGAAUUAGAGACACUUUACAGUUUGGUUUCUUGAUUAUUACUUCUGUCAGACACUUGUCAAUGUGCCCACAGGCCACUGUUUAGAAAAUAACCACCAAGAGGACUUGCUAAAAGACCAGCCUAAUUCUAAAACAAAAUGCAAUAGCCAGCCUUGAAUGGACAUUGUAGAAAUUGUAACUGCUUCAUGUCAUUGAAGUGGUUAUAUUAUCUUGAGGACCUAGCACUUUCCUUCUGUAAUGUGUAAAACUGAUUUUGUUGGUUUAAUGCUAAACAAGAGUUUUCAUCAGCCCAUACCCUCUCUGUUGCUUGGGCUAAUAAGGAAGUGGCUAGUGGCUGAUAGUGUCUUGCGAUUGCUUUCAGCCUAUUAGAUCUGUUAAUUGCUGGUAUUAAUUGAAAUAUUGAAAUGAAUAAAAGAGUGUUUUAGCCAUACGUACAGUAGGGGCUGGGCUGUAUGGAGUGGAUCAACAUUGAAUGGGGGGACAGAGCUGGGUGAAAAGGCUAUAGUACUCAUAGUGUCCCUUAAAAGCAGGCAAAACCUCAGGGGGUUUAAUUGUGCAACAUAUGUGGAUCUACCUUUGCUCACCUGUGCUGUGAGUACGCCUGGUAAAAUAUCUUAGAGAUACCAGUAUUGGUAACUAUACUGAUAUUCUCUUUGUGAUGGGAAAUAUAAUUAUUAUCAUGGGUGCUCCUACAUUUGUAAUGUUUAUAUGUAUACACAGUAUUUAUUCCAAGUUUGAUUAUCUUUGGAAACACAGUAUUAGGGAGGAUCUGUUGCAUUUGUAAUGGUAAUAAUUGAUGAGGUAUGUUUUAAUAUAAAUUUGGUAAAGCAUUCUGAAUGCACGAUUGGCUAGUACUUUAUUAGUAUGUGAGUCAGAAAAUAAGUUACAUGAUGUCUGCAAUUAUUUGUGGAUUUUUCAGUGAGCUAUAUGUACUCCAAAGUCAAAUUAGGCCAUUGGUAUUCAAACCUGUUUUUGUUUUCACCAAUACGCCAUGAUUUGCUAUUAAACUGAUUUCUCAAUAAAAUAAACCCAUUAUAGAGUUGAUAACUCAAUGUUGAAAUAAGGCCAUCUUAGGUGGACAGGUCUUAAGAACACCACAUCUUGUAACUUCUAAAUGAACUACUCCUGACAUUUUUUUUGAAUAUUAUUACAGAUAUCCCAACAUGCAAAAAAUAAUUUCAGGGAGGUGGCUUCACCAGUAACUGUGCCACUCAUCGUCAGAUACAUACACUAACACUCAUAUACACACACUUAUACACACACUCAGAUACACACACUGGCACAUACGCUCAAAUACUCACACUGACACACAUAGAUUCCAUACUUUAUAGAUUUGCGGCCACCCUCCUGUUAGCUUACCUUUGUGUCCAGAAGGGUGGCUUGGGUGGGGUACUGGCGUUGCCACAGCCUCUCAUCUGCCUCCAUGCUCCCUAUAGAGCCGCUGCCUCCAGCCUCCUCCUCCCUCUAUUCCUCCCGGACAGUUCUCUGUGAAGCAAGAACCUCCGGGAGACUUGGGAUGUCUGUUAUUUUAGCAUAUUUACCAGCUCAUUACAAAUAUUCUACACAGUGACUUACCACCUGUAGUCAUCAUUGAAUUUCUAACAUGUCAAGACUUAACAUGCUCUUAAAGGAACACUAUAGCGUAAGGAAUGCAAACCUGGAUUCCCAAUACUAGUGUCCCUAUUUUAUUUAAAUUAUUUGACCCAGUAAAAAAUAGCAGGAAAAACAGUAAAGGUUCAAAGGUAUAGUCUACAAUUUCCUUUUAUUUCUAACAAGAGAAGAUGGGUGAAGUGCUGCUUUCAAAAAAUAACUUUAAUUCUUGCAGUUAAACUAUAAAAGAGUAAUUUAUAUUUUUAUUUUCUUGUCACCUACCUACUGUCAUUCUUAACCCAUAGUUUAUAUACUUCUCGGACGAACCAGGGUUUUUGUUUCCUUUAUGCUAGUUUUAAUCUCUGUGCUGCCGUUUCACUGUGUGCCUACAAUAAA